CUCUGACUAAAUCCAGGCAGUGAAUGGCUGUAUAUAAGGUAGGGAAGACGUAGCACGUCAACAUUCUCCACCAUGAAGCUCCUGAUCUUGGCUUCCGUGCUGGUGGCUGCUGCCAACGCAGCCCCACAAGGCUACACUCUGCCCUCCCCCUCUGGUCCAUCGUACUCCUCUGGGAGCUCAGGAUUCUCUGGGAGCUCAGGAUUCUCUGGGAGCUCAGGCUUCUCUGGGAGCUCAGGCUUCUCUGGGAGCUCAGGAUUCUCUGGGAGCUCAGGCUUCUCUGGGAGCUCAGGUUUCUCUGGGAGCUCAGGCUUCUCUGGGGCCAGCUGUGGAGGUGGACAGGUCCGUCAUGUGGACGGAAGCUGCGUAACCCCUCAGGUCACCCGCAACCUGUAUGUAUUUACCGCCCCUCCGGUAUCUCCUAUUGUGGGUCCCCGACCAAAUGUUCCUCCGCCAAGAGUUGAACAUAAUAUACUGUUCAUCCACACCCCAGAGGGAAUACUGGGCCAGGAACCCGUCGUCGUGCCGCCGCCACAGCAGAAGAACGUCGUGUAUGUCCUCAACAAGCGCACUCAGCUAGAUCACCAAGUUGUCCACGUACCAGCACCAGAACAACAGACUCCACAGGUGUACUUCGUCAAUUAUGCCGAGGGGGACAACCCAACUCUGCCCAGCGGUGAGGACCUCCAGUCUGCUCUUAGCUCUGCUUCUCAUGGUAGUGGUGCAGUUAUUGGGGGCGGCGGUGUCGGCUUUUCUGGAGGCGGCGGUGGAGUCUCUUCUGCUGGUAGCAUCCCUUUUGACAUUAAAGGCAGUUCCGGAGGCGGUGCCAGCUUGUCUAGUGGCUUUAGUUCUGGAGGAGGUUCAGGCUUUGGUGGUGGCACAGGUUUUAGCAGUGGAGGCGUUCAUGGAACGCCGUCCACUCAAUACGGCACUCCUUAGGCAGCCACAUUCAAUCUGUGGAAUGAUGUUAAUGAUGUUGAUAACUCCUUCCAUCCUGAAAGGAAGAGCACCAGGCAGCCACCUGCCCUACCCCCCAACAUUCCCCAUCCAUCUGUCCUCAAAGAGGCACAACAGUGUAAGGAACUAUAUACUCGACUAUGCCAUGGUUGAUGCUUUGUUGCCACUUAUUGCCAAGAAAAUUUAUUAUUUAUUUGUAACGAGGAUGAAAUUGACUUUAAAAAAAAUCCAGAAAUUUAUAUUUAUUAAUAUUAUAAAAAUCUAAUAAAAGAGAUUGAUAUA